ACCAUGCUUGUGGCCUUGCCUGGCUUUGCCCAGCGGGUGCACUUGCCACCCUCAGGGAUGUCGUACAAACCAAAUUUGACCGUGCACAUGCCCGUCACUGCCCUCAAUGCCAGAAAUGUCCACUCACCAUCUACCAGCAGGGUAACCUCCACUCAAUAUCGUCAGCUGUUGAGUGACUAUUGGCCUCCAUCAAUAGGCUCCAUCCAGGGAACUGGAAAUAGCCAGGUUCCCCAGAGUAAACAUGCAGAACUGCUGGCCAUCAUUGAAGGGUUGGGGAAAGAGAUCAGACCCAUGUAUGCAGGGAGCAAGAGCGGUGUGGAGAGACUAAAACGAGGCAUCAUUCAUGCCCGAAGCCUAGUUUGGGAGUGUUUAGCUGAAAUGGAACAUAAUGCCAGGUCCUUGCCCUGGCCAGUCAGAAGGCCCAUCUUGCUACUCCAUGGAGAUGAGAGGCUUCAUUCAAAAUGGCAGUAG